UAUAUAAAUUUUAAUUUCAGAUUUUUCUUGUAAACUUAAUAAAGAUAGAGCUAGUACAGUGUGCAGAGUGAGUUAGGAUGGCAGGAUAUAAUAAACUGAAGUGAUUAAUUCGUCUUAAUGUUUCUUUAAGUUUUCACCACGGGGGCCUGCACUAGUAAAAGUUCGAGUGGAAGCUCUGCUGGUGUCGAACCUUAUCUGGAAUCAGAACAGGGCAGAAUGUCAAGUGACCAAGAAGGUGAAGAUGCUCCUUCUCCCUCCGGUGGAGCAGCAUCCCUAGCUUCAGCUCUUCUACCUCCUUCAAGUAUAGCAGCUGCUCUAGAAGGAGGUCUGGAGGAUGAGGCUGAUAUGUCGAGGCUGCAGAGUAUGCUCGAGGCUCGUGGAUUUCCUCCUCACCUCGCCGGAGUCCUCGGACCUAGAAUGCAUCAUCUGAUUGUAAACCGAGGAAUGGCGCCGAGUGCAAUGUCCAAGGCUCAGCAGCUCCUGACCGGCUUACAGGCAACUGGAGAUGAAAGUAGGCAACUACAGGCUGUUAUUGAAAUCUCCCAACUCCUUGUCAUGGGAAACGAGGAUACAUUAGCUGGGUUUCCUAUCAGACAGGUUGUUCCUGCCCUGAUUGUUCUACUAAAGAUGGAACACAACUUUGAUCUGAUGAACAACUCCUGCAGGGCGCUCACCUACAUGAUGGAAGCUCUCCCCAGAUCAUCAGCAGUGAUCGUUGAAGCUAUUCCAACCUUUCUGGAGAAACUGCAGGUUAUCCAGUGUAUGGAUGUAGCAGAGCAGUCUCUAACAGCUUUAGGAAACUAUUCAUAUUCAACCCGGUCCACUCUGAUUAUAGUUAACCCGGUCCACCUAGAUUAUAUUCAACCCGGUCCACUUAAAUUUUAUUUAACCCGGAUAGAACGUAAUGAGGCUAUACCGAUUAUAUCAUCAAGACUUCGUAAUGAAGACAAGAAAAGUGUUGAUUUAGCUUGUUUAGCUCUUUCAAGGUUGGCUGACAGUUAUAAGUUGGACAAGGAGAGACUGGCGGAAAUAGGGAAACCGGAAGUGCUUGCAAACCUACAGGAACUGCUGAAACAACAAACAGUUAGUCCCAACACCUUCACAACAUGCCUUCAUAUACUGGUGAUCUUGACCAGUAAUAACAGUACGACCAGCCUGCAUCUACUGAAACAGGAUAUGGGAGAGACUCUGAAGAAUUUACUGAUUGUUCCAACCUUCACAGAGAAUUUACCUGGAAGCAGUAAAUCCCCAGGACUGGAGAAUGAUCUACUGGAGCUGGUUCCAAGAUCUCCACAGGAACUCUACGAGAUGGUUUCUCUAGUCGGAGAACUGCUUCCAGCUCUACCCGGAGACGGUGUGUUUGCUAUAGACGCACUCCUAGCUCCACCAGGAACAGUACUAAAGGACCCUGUAGUCUGGCAGUGGCAGGAUGACAGGGGAGCCUGGCAUACUUAUGGAUUUAACGAUUGCAGGAGUAUAGAGGCUGCGUUUCUGGCCGGUGAACCGGAAAUACAGCUCAACUCUUCUAAUAGAUCCGUUACACUUAAUCUAGUUAACAGGCACGAAAUAAGAGAGGAAUGUGGAACUGCUAAACCAUUGAAGAGAAUUCUAACCUCACAGCUCUCAGCAGUUCAGGACGGAGAAGUUGCGGCGGAAGUUGAAGACCGGAAACAGCUGACAGCUCAGCUGACGAAAACACUAUUUCCGGUUUUGAUAGAAAUCUACUCUGCAAGCGCUGGACCGGGAGUCCGACAUUCGGCACUACAGGCACUUCUUCGUAUGGUUGUGCACACUGAUUCGGAGCUGCUUACCCGUGUUCUAAACAGCACCUUCGUAAGCAGCCAGGUUGCCGGGAUGCUGAGCAGUCAGGAUCUCAAGAUUACAGUUGCUGCUCUACAGCUUAGUAGAGUUCUGUUGGAUAAAUUACCACAGGAGUUCAGUGUUCAUUUCAGACGUGAGGGAGUGCUUCAUCAGAUUCAGAAACUAACGGAUCCUGAAUACUCCUUGGGACCAGAUAUAUCAGAAUACAACCUGUCCUGGUCACAGGGUUCGAGCACUCCUCCUCCUCAUCCUGGACGCUCAUGGACAAUUGCUGGAUCCAGCUUCGCUAAUAUAUUCCCGGAGCAUCUUAGAACCAGGAGUAGAGAGGAGGGGAGUAGGGAGUCACCAGAUUCAACCCCACAGACCACCUCCAAUCCACUCAAGCUCUCAGAUAUGCUGAAGCGGAAGAGAACCGGAAGCCGGAAAUCCAGCAGAAAGAAUAGCGGAACUUCUAGAGAAGAUCUAAGAACUGCAGGAUUAGCUCUUUCGACUCCAGGAGGUCCUACUACCUCUACUCCGGGGGGUUCUGCUUCUAAAUCAGGUUCAGCAACACCAGGGAGCAGGAGAUCAAGACUCAGCUCAGCUUCAUCUCUCUUUUCAUCUCUCAACCCGGUCAAAUGGGGAAGAUCUAUCAGUCAGCAGGAUACUCCUCCUGCUACAGUAUCUACUCCAUCUCACCACCAGACUAGAGAGAAAAUAAAGAUCUGGGUGAGAAAUGAAGCCCAGAAACUGUUGGAGGAGAACUUCAAGGAGUCCCUGGGCUCUAGACAUCCAGCCCUGACUAUCCUGCGUAGACUCUCAGCACAGGUUGAUCAUCUGACCAAGAAGCCCCAGAACGGAGAGAGAUGUUUGAAGGAGAUACAAUCAAUACUUGUGGAGAAUGAUAUAUCUCCAUUUGAGGUUUAUCAGUCUGGACUAGUUCUAUCCCUGCUGACCUACCUGACUAAACCUGACCCAGAUCUCACUCAUCCUUCCCACACCACCACCCCGACCCAUCAGGGUCAGGAUCAUGAUGUAGGAAGGAUGACUCGUGUGAGAACAUUCCUCCACGUGUUCACUGGAGCACCUAAAAGUGGAGAUGCUGACGAGGUUAGUCUAGAUCCUGAAAUAGUUUCAAAGUUCUCUCUUCUCAUCUCAAAACUGAACGCUUGUGUAAACCAUUUAGAGCAGUUUCCAAUCAAGAUGUAUGAACUGGGUCCCCCUGGAGUCAGAUCUGCAGGUUCAACUCUUAAAUUCUUUAAAACUCAUCAUCUCAAGUGUUCCCUACAGAGACACCCUGACUGUACAAGUUUAAAGAGCUGGAAGGGAGGUUUAGUGAAGAUAGAUCCGCUAGCACUGGUUCAAGCUAUAGAGAGAUAUCUUGUUACAAGAGGAUACGGGAAACCAUCAGAUAGAGAUUCAGGUUCUGAUGAUGAUGAUAUGUCUGAUGAAGGAACUGAUGAUACACUCAACAAUACAUCAAGGGAAAGGACUGGAGAACAAGCUCACAGACUUGAAUUCCUGAUUGGAGAGAGUACACUACCAAGAGAUAUGACAGUUUAUCAGGCGGUUCAACAGUUUGGAGCUCCGGGUUCCAGCGUAACCGAGGAUAGUGAUAGUGAUAAUAGGAACUCUAUGCUUGGUUCCCCCGGGGUCUGGGCCAGAAUACAUACUAUAUACUACAGACCGGCCCAGGACGCAUCACCCUCUAUACAAUCGAAAAAGGGAGCCGCAGAAGCAGCCAGUAAAAAGGGUAAGGGAGGAAAGGGUCAGGCUAAGAGAAAAGCUCCGGAUGAAUUAUGGAAUGAAGGAGUUGUCCCGGAGCGACCAAACCCUCUUAUCUCAUUCCUAGAGGAUAAACUACCCAAGGAAUUCCUUCAUCAGGAUCCUAGCGUUGAUGUUUUAAAUUUGAUACGUGUACUGCAUGCCUUAAACCGGUUUUGGUAUACACUCUACCCUGGAACACGCCCCAGGAAUAUUCUGCCUGUUAUUGAGUUUAUCAACAGUAAGAUAACAGCUAAGGUUAACCGCCAGCUACAGGAUCCUAUUGUUAUCAUGACCAGCAACCUUCCUCACUGGCUCAAGGAGAUUGGCGUAACCUGUCCGUUUCUGUUCCCUUUCGAAACCCGUCAACUUCUAUUCUACGUUACUUCAUUCGACAGAGAUAGGGCAUUAAGUCGACUGCUUGAAGCGUCCCCUGAACUCGGAGUAACGGAUACUCAUGAACGGGUCAACCCAGACCUGGACAGGAAGAAGCGCGUUAUAUCAAGAGAGACAAUAUUGAAGCAGGGAGAACAGUUGAUGUCAGAGUUAGCCUCGUCCAGAUCCUUACUAGAGAUCCAGUAUGAGGGUGAGGUAGGAACAGGUCUAGGUCCAACCCUGGAGUUUUAUUCUUUAGUUAGUAAAGAACUUCAGAGAUCUGAUCUACAGCUCUGGAAAGGAGGAACUGUUAAGAUUGGGAGCGAGGAACCUAUGGAAGAGGAUAAGUCUGAUGAUCCGUGUGUAGAGUACGUUCACAGUGACGUAGGUUUAUAUCCUCUACCUCUGGCUAGAAAUGUGAAAUCAAGUCAUAAAACUAAAAUAAAGAACAAGUUCCAGUUUCUUGGUAAAUUUAUGGCAAAGGCUGUGUUGGAUAAUAGAAUGUUAGAUCUACCCUUCUCCAGACCAUUCUAUCAAUGGCUUCUCCAG